CUCUUCCCUGCAGGACUGUUCGAGUGAUGUCGCCACGUCCACAGAUCUGAUCCAUCAGGUUGAGUUGAAACAGGAGCAGAGAUAAAAUCCACCCCUGACACCGACUCCCAGGACCGUCCCACCGUCCACCCCCGAACCCAACCUCCCCUCACCCCUCUCACAGCUCCAGGGCUCUCCAAGGGUUCCUCGCCGGGUUCUCCAAAGGGUUCUCUGUGGUGUUCUGGAAAGCUCCAUACGCCUCGGGGCCUCGGACCUUCAUGCGUCUCCCAGCAGCAGAGUCCACCCACACCUCCACCCACCACACCACCACCACCACCAUGAGCUGUGAACAGGAGUUUGGAGACGGGGCCAUGGGAGUCACGCUCACACUGCGCCUCCUCAUGCACGGAAAGGAAGUAGGAAGCAUUAUCGGCAAGAAAGGAGAAACAGUGAAGAGAAUACGAGAAGAGAGCAGCGCGAGGAUCAACAUCUCAGAGGGCUCCUGUCCAGAGAGGAUCAUCACCAUCACGGGUCAGACGGACUGCGUGUUCAGAGCCUUCACCAUGAUCACGUUCAAACUGGAGGAGGACCUGACAGCCUUGGUAGCCAACGGCACGGUGACCAGCAAGCCUCCGGUCACCUUACGGCUGGUCAUCCCGGCCAGUCAGUGCGGCUCCCUCAUCGGCAAGGGCGGGUCAAAGAUCAAGGAGAUCAGAGAGACGACAGGUGCCCAGGUGCAGGUGGCAGGUGACCUCCUCCCAAACUCCACAGAGAGAGAGGUGACGAUAUCAGGGAGCCAGGACGCCAUCAUCCAGUGUGUCAAACUCAUCUGCACGGUCAUCCUAGAGUCUCCACCAAAGGGAGCAACUAUUCCGUACCGACCCAGCCCGACCCCAGGAACUGUGCUGCUGGCAGGAAACCAGGUGUUCGAGGCGUCAGACUUUGGCUCUCACCCUCUGUUCUCUGUGGCGCAGGGAGGAGUGGACCUGCAGCAAACAUAUGCAGUACAGAGUCACUACGGCAUUCCACAUUCAGAGUUAGCAAAGCUCCACCAGUUGUCAAUGCAGCAGCAGGGCCUGGCCCCCAUCAGCCAAUCAGCUACACAAGUUCUACCUGGAGGGAUGGACACCAACUCCCAAACCACAUCUCAGGAGCUCCUCAUUCCAAACGAUCUGAUCGGCUCAAUCAUCGGUCGCCAGGGCACCAAGAUAAACGAGAUCCGGCAGGUGUCUGGGGCUCAGAUCAAGAUCGGCAGUCAGAUCGACAGCACCAGUGACCGUCACGUCACCAUCACCGGCACACCGAUAGCCAUCAACCUGGCUCAGUACCUGAUCACUUCAUGUUUAGAGACCGCCAAAUCCACCGCCCAGUCCUCCUCCAUGCCGUCUCCCGUUGACCUGACCAUGAGCUUCACCCAGCCCGCCCCCCCUGCCUCGUCCUCCUCCUCCUCCCCCCUGGCAGCGAUGGGCGCCGCACUGCCCCACGCUCAAAUGCUGGGCGCUCCCUACGCCCUCCCCCUCUCCAGCCUCCUGGGAAUGAAAUCCAUCCCUUACCUGGCACUCUCCACCCCUCCUGCCUCAGCAGCAGCGGCGGCGGCGGCGGCGGCUGCAGCCAUCGGGACUCCCAUGUUACCAGGUUCGAUGCAGACGGCGGCGACGGCAGCCGUUCCGGUUCAGGCUCACGCGGCAGCGGCCCUGGCGUCCUACACGGCCAAGAUCUCGUCCUCAGCCAACGGGAUGAAGAAGCCGGAGAGACAGAAGUUUGCGCCGUACUGAUGAGGGAGAGGGAAUGAGAGGAUGAGUUUGCAUCACUGAGGUAGCUUCUGAGGACGAGGCUGGUUUUUAGAUGGAAGGGCACUUCUUAUUUUCCUUCUUUUGUUAUGUCACUUCUCUUUCUUCCUCUGCCUCUCCAUCUCUUAUUCCUGUCUGGUGUCAAAGUGGGAUCAUUGGAUGAUUUAUGAUGUGAUGAUAAUGACAAUAAGGUUUAUCUUGGGGUUAGUCGCACUGAGCCACGCCAUGUACGUCUGUGAGCAGCACUGAGUCUUGAUUAGACCUGUUUUAUGAGGCCUCCACGCUGACGAGAGCCGUAAUGGGAGGCAGUGUGUUUCCAGGUUGUCCAUACCUACACAUACAUCCGCACAUACACCAGUCCGUCCAUCCCAUUCUCAUGAACACGAUAUCUCAAAACCACCUUGAGGGAAUUUCUUCAAAUUUGGCACAGACGUCCAUUUGGACCAAAAAAUACACUGAUUAGAAUUUUGUGAUCGAAAGUCA